AUGUUUAGUGCCCGUGGCCUUAACAAUUUUAUCGGUGAUUUGCGUGCGUGCACUUCACGUGAAGAUGAGCAAAAGCGUGUAGACAAGGAGUUGAGCAAAAUUCGUCAGAAGUUUACGCAGACUGCGAGCAGUUCGGGUUUAGGCGGCGGGGGUCCGGCUUUGCAGUCGUACGAUCACAAGAAGUAUGCGUGGAAGCUUAUUUACAUUUACAUGUUAGGCUAUGAUGUGGACUUUGGUCACGUCCAGAUCAUUAGUCUUGUGUCCGGGUCUAAGUAUUCGGAAAAGUGCUUAGGCUAUCUAGGCUGCUCCAUUCUUUUAAAAGCUUCCGACGAGCUUAUGACGCUCGUUAUCAACUCGAUUCGUAACGAUCUUAAAUCUCGUGAAGCAAGCUCUCAGUGUCUGGCUUUGUGUUGUGUUGCAAACCUUGGUGGGGCCGAUUUAAGUGAGACCAUGGGGCCAGAUGUAGCAGGACUGCUCACUAGUUCGGCUAGUAUCGCUCACGUUCGUAAGAAAGCAGCGCUUUGUGCACGUCGUUUACUACCAGAUAAUCCGGAGCUCUUACCAGUGCAAGAUAUGGAGAAUCGAUUGUAUGAGCUUAUAAGCGAAACGCACUUGGGCGUAGUCACGUCAGCUGCGGGGCUACUACAGACCGCUUUGUCUCUCCAUCCGACAGCUUUUCGGUCACUAAUUGAGCCGUCAAUCCAGAGACUGAACCAACUUGUUACGCACAAGAAUUGUCCGCGUGAGUACAUGUACUACAAUACGCCAUGUCCAUGGCUUCAAGUCACGUUGCUUCGUAUAUUGCAACAAUUUCAUGCGCACGGUGCAUUAGAUGCCGACUCAGCCGACGGACGGCUUAAUAUGUUGCUUAAUGAAACGCUGCACCGGGUGCUGGCUCGUACGCCACCCGGCAAGAGUGCAAAGAACAACGCUGCGUAUGCUGUAUUGAUUGAAGCAGUUAAUCUUGUCAUAGCUCGAGGCAAACCACGUGGCGACACUGACAAUCCCGCAUGCAAAUUACGCGAGCAGGCUGUUGCGCUCUUAGCUCGUUUUAUCUCCGUCACGGAGCCCAACAUUCGCUACGUCGGUCUUGACUCGAUGUAUCGUAUGGUGCGGCUAGACGGCGAUGGUACUAGUGUCAAGCAAUACCAAGAAACGGUGCUUUUCUCACUAAAAGACGCCGAUCCGUCCGUACGUCGUCGUGCGCUCGACUUGCUCUUUGCUAUGUGUGACACAACUAACGCCCAGGAGAUUGUCGGCGAGCUGGUCAAUUAUUUGGCCGUCGCGGAACGUACAGUGAACACUGUUACGACUUCUGGACCUGUUAGCGGCAUUCGAGAAGAAAUUGUUUUGAAAGCAGCGAUUUUGGCUGAAAAGUAUACACGCGAUUUGCGCUGGUAUGUAGAUACGGUGCUCCAGUUGCUGACUAUUGCCGGCAGUGAAGUGCCCGACGCUGUGUGGCACCGUGUCGUGCAGAUUAUUACAAAUCGCGAGGAGUUACAGCGAUAUGCCGCCGAACAAAUGUUUAAGGCCAUGGAACCUCGCUUCGUGGAUGAGACGACUACCAAAUUUGGGGCAUACGUGCUUGGUGAGUUUGGCUAUUUGUUGUGUGAUGACGCUAGUAUGAGCGGUACGCGCCAGUUCGACGUACUUCACCAGCAUUACGCCGAUGCAAGUGUGCCCACGAAAGGAGUUCUGCUCACAGCCUUUGUCAAGAUGGACAACUUGUACGAAGAACUGCGAUCGACUGUUCACAGCGUGCUAGCCAAGGCUGCAAGUAACAUGAAUCUAGAGAUUCAGCAACGCGCUUGUGAGUAUCUGGCGCUCCGUCAGCUGUGCCAGAAAAUUCCAAAUGGCGAUGAAGUUCUUCGAGCUGUCUUAGAGCCGAUGCCCAUUUUCCCUGAAAAUCGGGAGUCGGGACUCAUCGUGCGUCUUCGCAAUCAACAAAAAUCUGCAAAUACGGCAGGUGACGGCUCCGUAUUGCCUGAAGAGGGAUCGACGUUUUCUCGUUCACAGGCGCGUGUAAGUGAACAGCCAGCAGCAGUAGCUGAUGCAGUCGAUUUGUUAUGUCUAGAUGAACCAGUAGCUCCGAAGACGUCAAUUUUUGAGCAGAAUGCGAUCCGUGGACCGAAUCCAGCUGACCUAAGCGACUUCUUUGGUGGAGAUCUUUCAAAUAGCAAACCAGUAGGUCUCGAUGCUGCGUUGGCACCGCAACUCACAGCGUGGGCACGUCACCUUAUGCUCAAUCCUCAAGGUGUGCUGCUUGAAAAUGAUGUGGUACAGAUCGGUGCCAAGCACGAAUAUCGAGGUUCUCAAGGUCGAAUGAAUUUAUUCUACGGUAACAAGACUUCCGAUACACUGAACAAUUUGUCAGUCCAGCUUACGACGGGCAAUUCAUUUCGGGUUCAGAGUAAUGAGGUACCGUCACAAUUGGCAGGAAAGCAGCAGGCUCAACAACAAAUAAUGAUUGAAGCGAUGGCUCCUUUUACUGAACCUCCGACAAUGACACUCAAGUUUUCGCGCAAUGGAACGAAUUACUCAUACCGCAUGGCAUUGCCAUGCCAGUGUACAAGCUUCAUGGAUCCCGUUGCAUUGAGUGAAGAAGCAUUUACACAACGCUGGAAUUCUCUUGAAGGACAUGAUCGCGAACAGAAUGAAGUCAUUUCGGCAGUUAGCAAAGUUGACAUGACACAAGCUCGUGGAUGGCUAAGUACUAGUUUAAAAUUUGCUGUUGUUGAUGGAUUGAGCACAACUGGUACUCUUUUGGGUGCUUCCACCUUUCGUACGGGAGCAGUAAGUCCUAAUGGCGACAAAAUUUCAGUUGGCUGUCUUGUGCGCCUAGAAGCUGGUGACGAUAAUACCUACCGUAUUCGAGUUCGUGCGGUGCAUCAAGACGUAAGUCUAGCAACCAAGAACUGCUUGAAGAUGUUGCUUCAAGUGUAA